AUGUCCCCCACUCACAGUGACAGCUCUGUAAACACUUGUGCCCUCUCUCUGUGCUCCAUCAUGGCCAAUGUGUCCAUCUAUGAUUUCACCGUGGAGACUUUGCAGGGUUGUACUGUACCACUGGGCAACUACAGGGGCAAAGUGUUGCUCAUCUAUCACAGGCUGAAUGCACUUGUGGAUAUGUACAGUGAGCUCAACUUUGAAGUUCUUGGUUUCCCCUGUAACCAGUUUGGACUUCAGUCGCCUGAGGCAAACCAUGAAACCCUGAAUAUUUUGAAGUACGCAAGGCCUGGUGCAGGUUUCAUCCCAAAGUUUCCAGUAUUUGCGAAAGUCAAAGUGAAUGGAUUAGAUGAGCAUCCUUUCUUCACUUACCUGAAGAACAGCUUGAGCUUUGUAAACCCUGUCAUUGGUGACAUUAAGAAAUUCUACUGGUCUCCAAUUAGAGUUAACGACAUCCGCUGGAACUUUGAGAAGUUCCUGAUACGUGCAGAUGGAGUACCACAUAAGAGGUACGAGCUUCAUAGUCUGUUUGAAGAGCUGCGGCAAGACAUCACAGACCUGCUCUAGAGGCAUGCGUGACCUUCAGGGGCGUUGAAAGGCUAGUUGCACAACUGGGAGAGGCACUGUGAAG